AGUGCCCCGAGAGGUGUCGCCUGGCGCUCCGAGGCCUGGUGGUGAUCAGCAAGGCUCCCGCAAUGGCUAAGAGCAUCUGGAGCCUGAAUGAAAGCCUCCUGGAGCUACUGCAGGAUGCAGACAGAGACGUGGUUUAGAUGACCCUCUCUGCGUUCAUCAACAUGCUCCACUUGAAGACCAUCCAAAUAUCCAGCCCCACUGCCCUGAAGUUGCUUGAGGCGCUGCGGCCACUCUUUGACAACGAGCACAGCCAGCUGCAGCAGCUCUCCAUGGUCCUCUUCCGGGAGGUGAUGGAGGCAACAGAGAGGAGCAAGAGCCUAAAGCCACACGUCUACCUGAGGCUGGUGCCAUUCUACUUCAACUGGCACGAUGAGAACCAGCGUGUGGCAGAGGCCUCUCGGGAAGCACUGUUUGGUGCAGCCAGGUUCCUGAAGUGGAGGGAUCUUGAGCACCUGGUGACCAUGGAGCAGCCAUGGAAGUUUGGCGAGUGCCUGCUGGAAAAGGACAGGAGCCGAGUGGGCCAGUAUGUGCGCCAGGCCCUGCUGUACCUGGAGAGCCCAGAGGAGCCCCUGCGAAAGCUGGCCAUCAAGUUCCUGGGGAUCGCCGCCAGGUCCAUGAAGCAGGAGCAGCCAGAGCUAAAGAAGAAAGAAGAAAUCGCCAAGAGAUCGGAGCGGGCGGGCACCGGAGAAAGCGGAGAGGACCGAAACAACAUCGCAGCGGUGAGUGAGCUGAAAGGCAGCCUGCGCGGCUAG